AUGUCUAUGCCAAAUAGCCCUCAAGGAAGCAGCACUGCAGGACGGCCUAGCUGGCAGGAGCAGCUCCAGGAACACUGCAGACGAAUGAAAUUGCCCCCUCCUGUCUUCAACAUCGUCUCCGAUCGGCGAGGAGGUCGAACUGCCUGGUCUAGCAAUCUCACCAUCCAGGGCGAAAUCAUCUCUGCCCGCUAUUGGUACGACGGCCAGUACAUCAACAAUGCCAAAGAAGAUGCCGCCGAAGUCGCUGUAAAGAAACUCAAUGAGCAGCCCCGUUCCUCCACCGUCUAUCCCGGACAGCUCUACUCUCAGCAGUCGUCCGCUGGCUACGGCCGCGGAGCUGGUGGGUAUUGA